UGACAUAUUGUUUUUGUAGUAUCCAUGUGUCGUCUACAUUACGAUGUAACGCCUCUAAGAACACAUGCAACGCGUAUUCGCCAUCACAACUUGUGAAUUCCGAGCCCUCCUGGAGUCAGUGAAGGCAGCGUGAGUGUUCAGUUGGACUGGUCGGGUAAGAGUUGUUAGACUGGCUGACAGACACAACAGAUUAAACUAGUCUUUCAUUACAAACAGCUCUCCUGUUGGUCUGCUCAGCUUUAUACAGCAUCAGUUUAGCCUCGUGGCUUUGGAUAUAACUCACUGAAUUCUGACUUUGUGUGAAAACAAGCUCCAACAUCAGAAAGUCUCCACCUGUUAUUCGCUACAUCGAGCUACAGUGAGCUAACAGCAACGGUUCUGCUGCUAGCUUGUAAGUUUCCUCUCCUGCUGCGUAUCAUUGCUCGGUUGUCAGCAUGCUGCAGUGAGUGAUGCACCGAGUGCUGAUUAUAACAAUGGCCGUCUGGGUCGCGCAAGGAUGCCCCGACUCAGAGAGCUGCCCGACGCAGCCGCCGCUUCGGCCGGGCAACACCUCUCAGGAGUUGUGUUACUCGGCCCGAAUACGCAGCACCGUGCUCCAGGGACUGCCUUUUGGAGGGGUGCCUACUGUCCUAGCUCUUGACUUCAUGUGCUUCUUGAUGCUGCUGUUUGUGUUUUCCUUCCUGAGGAAAGUAGCAUGGGACUACGGGCGCCUGGCUCUAGUGACCGACGCCGACAGAAGAAUGGAUCAGCGGUACAGUCGCCUGGAUGAUCGGGAAUAUGUGGCGUCUGCUUUGACAACAGAGACACCGGAGCGCUACGAGCGGCUCACCUCCGUUUCCAGCUCAGUGGAAUUUGAUCAGAGAGACACAGGCUUCUGCUCCUGGCUAACGGCCAUCUUUCGCAUCAAAGAUGAGGAGAUCAGGGAGAAGUGCGGUGAGGACGCCGUACACUACUUGUCCUUUCAGCGACACAUCAUCGGCCUGCUGGUUGUGGUGGGCGUUCUUUCUGUGGGUAUCAUCAUGCCUGUUAACUUCUCUGGAAACCUACUUGAAAACAAUGCCUACAGUUUCGGGCGAACCACUAUAGCAAAUUUGGACUCAGCUGAUCCUCUUCUGUGGCUGCACACUACGUUUGCGUUCCUGUACCUGUUACUGACGGUGUACAGCAUGCGACGGCACACUUCCAAGAUGCACUACAAGGAGGACGACCUGGUGAAACGCACUUUAUUCGUCAAUGGGAUCUCCAAAUACGCCGAGGAGGCAGAGAUAAAGCAACACUUUGAGCAGGCGUAUGAAAACUGUGUCGUACUGGAAGCUCGUAUCUGUUACAACGUGGCCCGGCUGAUGUAUCUCAACUCUGAAAGGAAGAAGACCGAGCGCAGCAAGAAAUUCUUCUUGGACCUGCAGGCCAAAGAGCACAUAACCACCAUGGUCAAUCCAAAACCCUGUGGACACCUUUGUUGUUGCAUCAUCAAAGGCUGCGAGCAGGAAGAGGCAGUGGGAUACUACACCAAACUGGAGGCACAACUCAAAGAUGACUACAGGAAGGAGAGGGAAAAGGUGAACAGGAAGCCCCUGGGGAUGGCCUUCGUCACCUUCCAGAAUGAGGCCAUCACUGCCAUAAUCUUGAAAGACUACAACGCUUGCAAGUUUCAGGGCUGUCAGUGCCGCCGGGAGCCAAAGAGCUCUCAGUUCAGCGCCAAGCUCCACACGCACAACUGGACCGUCAGCUACGCCCCUGAUCCACAUAACGUCUACUGGGAGCAUCUGUCAGUGGGAGGAGUCUCCUGGUGGCUCCGCUGCUUGAUCAUCAACAUCAUCCUUUUCCUCCUACUCUUCUUCCUCACCACCCCCGCCAUCAUCAUCUCCACCAUGGACAAGUUCAAUGUGACCAAACCAGUGGAGUACCUCAAUAAUCCAAUCAUCACGCAGUUCUUCCCCACCCUCCUCCUGUGGUCCUUCUCAGCUUUACUUCCUACCAUCGUCUACUACUCUGCCUUCUUUGAAGCCCACUGGACCCGGUCUGGAGAGAACAGGACCACAAUGCAUAAAUGCUACACUUUCCUGAUCUUCAUGGUCCUGCUGCUGCCCUCUCUUGGACUCAGCAGUUUGGAUCUCUUCUUCCGCUGGCUUUUUGAUAAAAGCUUCCUGGAGCUUGCAACCGUCAGAUUUCAGUGUGUGUUCCUUCCUGACAAUGGUGCCUUCUUUGUGAACUACGUCAUUGCUUCUGCAUUCAUCGGUAACGCCAUGGAUCUGCUGAGGAUACCCGGUCUACUCAUGUACAUGAUCCGCCUCUUGCUGGCUCGCUCUGCAGCAGAGAGGAGGAACGUGAAGAGGCAUCAAGCCUAUGAGUUCCAGUUCGGGUCGGCGUACGCCUGGAUGAUGUGUGUCUUCACCGUGGUCAUGACCUACAGCAUCACCUGUCCCAUCAUCGUCCCUUUUGGCCUGAUGUACAUGCUACUGAAACACUUGGCAGACCGGUACAACAUGUACUACGCUUAUCUGCCCACUAAACUGGACAAGAAGAUCCAUUCUGGAGCCGUGAACCAAGUGGUGGCUGCUCCCAUCCUCUGCCUCUUCUGGCUCCUCUUCUUCCUCACUGUCCGCUCGGGGUUCAAAGGUGCGACGGCCGUGUUCACGCUCAUAGUUUUGAUCCUCACAAUCAUCAUCUGCCUCUCUCACGUCUGUUUUGGACAUUUUAAAUAUCUCAGUGCUCACAACUACAAGAUCGACAACCAGGUGGACGGCAUCGAGAACGGGCAAGCAGUGUGCAAUUUUGCCUCGGGCAGUGCAGCGCAAAGUUACAUCGCUCAGCAAAGUUACAUCGCUCAGGUGCUUCAAGAGCCGACUCUGGAGGAGGGCGGCUCGGGCAGCGGAGAGGACGACGGCCAGGGGUCCUCGCAGGACGAGGAAAUACUCAAUGUGGAGAACAGUAUGAAUGAGGGCUUCCAGUCCGGCGAGGACAGCCUCAUCGAUCAUGAAGUGCGGAACUGACACUGACCGAGACCUCAACAAAGUCCCUGAGUUGAACCCGAAGACUGCACUGAAUACGGGAAUACAACAAGAACUGAUCCGACAGUUCUCCAAAGCAUCUCAGCCUCCACAGUGGGACUUUACACUAACAUAAGCACACUGUCUACUAAGGAUUUAACGGAUUGUUGCUCAAAGACUCCCUACGUACCUGCAGAGGGAAUCCUCCUCCUGCCCCGAUACAGCCGAGGCACGUCCCAGAAACCUGCACACGGACCCAAGAGAAGAGACACUACUGUACGAAUGAAGAAGCUGCCUCGUCUGUGAGGGGGAGUGAUAUCUGUCUGUAGUCCUUAACAAUAUUGCACUUGAAAAAGAGAACCUGUCCUAUAAGCUCGAGUUUCACUGAGGUACUGUUGUACAGCAUGCCUUCCAGUUCAAAGGGUGGAGGUUACUCUCCUUUAAUCCUUUGCUUCUCUAAUUGUCUGCACUACUUUCUCUGUGGAAGCAGCCGGAGUGAGAGAACCGGCAGAUAGCUUUGUAAAUGCAGAAGCGAUGGUCUCAAUACUGUUCUUCCAAUUCCACGAAAAGCCUUCCAAAACAAAAAGGACAAAAAUCAUUGCUACUAACACUCCUCGAUGCUCUGACACUGUGGUAUUUAUUUUAGCACGUUUGAUGCUCCCCCCCCAAACUGUGGAAGAAGAUAACUCACAUGUUGGCACACUACAUUACUAAGACUCGGUGCGUUUGGUCUCAGAGGAGCCUCAGCCUGUUGGGACUGCUGUCGGACUGCUGCUACUGAAGCUGACUGAGUCAGGGAAGCGUUUGCACGGCUGCUGCUGCAGGAGGAGGACUGCAGGCCUGGUGCCUGCUGCUCCUCUGUGCUGCUCAGAGAGAGAGAGAGAGAGAGAGGGAGAGAAAGAGGGAGAGAGGGAGAGAGAGAGAGAGGGAGAGAGAGGGAGGCGGUUUGGGUGUUUUUUUUUCCUGGGUCAGUUUCAGCUGAUACUCAUCGUGACUGGUUCUCUUUAUCUGUUGUUCUCAUGUGUAUUGUUUUUGUUUGUUUACGUCUCUAUGCAGAGAUUUUGGAAAUAGCGUUCAGUUUCUGCGCCGCCUGAUGAGAUGAUUCACAUCGUCUCGCUCGGCGCUCCGUCUUUAAUGUGGUUUAGAAACGUGGUGUGAUGUAGCCUCGUGUCCCGGUGGUCAGUGAGCGUUGUUACACCUUCCACUCUGCGAGGACUCUUUGCUAGUUUUAGAUUAUUGAACUUGACGACAUAUCGAUCCUUACUCAAGACAGAUGCUCAUUUUAAAACUUCCUGUUUGAUACAACGACACUGUAAACUCCUACAAACAAGACAAGAACAUGUUCCACUCAUUCUUCCACUUCCCAGCGUCGUCAGACCUCUGGCAGUGCAAUAAGUCUGUACCACUACACACACCUGAUGAGACGUUUGGAGGGGUAGUGCUCGAUUUUAGAAGCAACACCGACUCACAAACUAAGCUGUGCAACACUUCAGACAGGGUGUGGAGCUUAGCAUGCUUCAGACACUCACCUGAAAUGAUCCUCAUCAGUCUGAGAGCGUGUUAUAUAUAUUUUUUAUUGCUCCCAAAGAAAAACACUUUGUCCCAUUCCUCUGUGGUGUUCAUCAUAUUUAGGUGUCUGGAGUACGUUCGGCUUCAAACCCUGUCUACACUACGGUGCCUUGAAUACGCCGUCAUCCCCUCCUUCAAGCAGUGAUUCAAAAAAGGAUGAUUUCAUGUUUUAACACUUGAAAGCAGCCCAAAAAUAGAGACAGCUGUCCUUCACUUAACCUGCAGGAAUAAGUAGUUCCUCACUGAAAUGUGUGGGAUGUCUCCAUCAGCUGUUUUGGCCUGUAAUCCGAUCCUUUUAAUAUCGAGUAUCGGCCGAUACGAAGUCCUGAUCUGACACUUAUAUCUGCUGAGAUAAGUAAACAUAGACGUCUUCAGCUUAUCCUAAAAGUAGAGGAAUCCAUCCAGGAUGUGGUGACGCUCUGCAAACAUCAGAGCUCCAGAUGUCUGUUGUAAAAGUAGAAGCUGUCACAUCAUGUUUUAUAACACCUGGUAUGUUGCCGUGGACUUUGCUGCACAGCGUCAGGGAGGAGGAAGGAGGAGACGAGCUGGUUGUGCAAAGCGAUGAAAUCCACCUUCUCUGGCAGACUUCUGGGCGCUCUCCAGGAUCCAGAGUUGAUUGUUUGGGCACCUCUGAUGCUUUAAUGAGCGUCCCACACCCUGUGUCACGUUCCUUUUUGCAGCUCUUCUUCUGCAGCCGCCUCACAUCCCGAUCAGGUUGUGUGAGUGAUGCUGAGUCACCAAGUUACUCGUUUGCAUUCUGCCUCAUGUUGCGCUCGGUCCAAACAGGGCGAGAUGAUCGGCUCUGAUCUGAUGGUUGAGAUCCGGAUUAGGACAUCUGUAGUUUCAGAUUAAAGCUAGUUUAAACAUUCAGAUUAUUCUGUGCUAAUUGAAUCCAUGCAACCACAAUAAAAUCCAUUUAAAUGUGAAGUUGUGACAUGAUAUCUUGGGGAUGAUCACUGACCUCGAGGCUCUGCACAGCAGCUUAGUUUCUGAGUCGGUGCUGCAGCUUCUCCAAACUACCACACCAUCUCAACAGAAAAACUUCAGACUGUCCCUUUAAAACCCUAAAAUACAAACUUAACUGACCGUGCGAGGAAAUCUAGAAACACACACGCCCACUUAAAGACUUCCCCUCCAGUCCGUCAGAGUGGACCGAGUCCUGUUCUUAGACCUCUAUGAGAAAGCUGCUGCUCAGAGGACCACUGUGGGAAGAGUUCACUAACCUGAUCUUCACUUCUAUGAUUGACAAAGAAGGGCACGCCACUGUGAGUGAUGACGGGCACGCCACUGUGAGUGAUGACGGGCACGCCACUGUGAGUGAUGACGGGCACGCCACUGUGAGUGAUGACGGGCACGCCACUGUGAGUGAUGACGGGCACGCCACUGUGAGUGAUGACGAAGCUCCAGAGUUCUCCUCCUCCUCCUGAUAAAAGCAUCACCUCAUCAUGUUGGGACGGGCGAGUCCUGUGGGACACGUUUGGGUUGGGGCGCACUUCUCGUCAUGACGCGGUGAUUUUAUAUUUUAUACCUCCUCAGUUUUUUUUAUACCUCUGAGAAGUCUUGAACUCUCUGAAUGUGCUCUGUGAUGAUAACAUAAACGUUCCAGCUCUGAGGAGAUUCUUCAUGUUCUCGUCUGUUCCACUGAAGCGUCUCACGAUCACACGAGAGAAAAACUCGGCUCUGUGUUUCUGAAUUAACGACAUGUCUCUAUAGGAACAUCCUGAUAACACGUCAAGGCCACACGAGGAAGUAAACACGCCCCUAGUGUUCAGUUUCAUCCAGAUUAUUUUAUUCAGAUAUCACUAAUUCAUUAAUUCAGAAAUUCCAAUGUAUUUAAUUCGGAAAUUCAGGAAUUCCGAUAUAAUUAAGUCAUUAAUUCAGAAAUUCCGAUAUAACUCAUUUGUUAAUCUAGAUAUUCCGAUCUAUUUAAUUCGUUAAUUCCGAAAUUCCAAGAUAAUAAAUUCGUUAAUUCCGAAAUUCCAAGAUCAUAAAUUUGUUAAUUCAGAAUUCCGAGAUAAUUAAUUCGAAAAUUCAGAAAUUCCGAUAUAACUAAUUCGGAAAUUCAGAAUUUCCGAUAUCACUAAUUCGUUAAUUCAGAAAUUCCAAGAUAUUUAAUUCGGAAAUUCCAAGAUAAUUAACUCGUUAAUUCAGAAAUUCCGAUAUAAUUAACUCGUUAAUUCAGAAAUUCCGAUAUAAUUAAUUCGUUAAUUCAGAAAUUCCGAUAUAAUUAAUUCGUCAAUUCAGAAAUUCCGAUAUAACUAAUUUGUUGAUUUAGAAUUCCGAUCUAUUUCAUUCAUUAAUUCCGAAAUUCCAAGGUAAUAAAUUCGUUAAUUCCGAAAUUCCAAGAUAAUAAAUUCGUUAAUUCCGAAAUUCCAAGAUAAUAAAUUCUUUAAUUCCGAAAUUCCAAGAUAAUAAAUUUGUUAAUUCAGAAUUCCGAGAUAAUUAAUUCGGAAAUUCAGAAUUUCCGAUAUCACUAAUUCUUUAAUUCAGAAUUUCCGAUAUCACUAAUUCGUUAAUUCGGAAAUUCCGAUAUAUUUAAUUCGGAAAUUCCAAGAUAAUUAACUUGUUAAUUCGGAAAUUCCGAUAUAUUUAAUUCGGAAAUUCUAAGAUAAUUAACUUGUUAAUUCUGAAAUUCCGAUAUAUUUAAUUUGUUAAUUCAUAAUUCCGAUAUAUUUAAUUUGUUAAUUCAUAAUUCCGAUAUAUUUAAUUUGUUAAUUCAUAAUUCCGAUAUAUUUAAUUUGUUAAUUCAUAAUUCCGAUAUAUUUAAUUCGUUAAUUCUGAAAUUCCGAUAUAUUUAAUUCGUUAAUUCUGAAAUUCCGAUCUAUUUAAUUUGUUAAUUCAUAUCCGAUCUAUUUAAUUCGUUAAUUCAUAAUUCCGAUCUAUUUAAUUGGUUAAUCCAGAGAAACAGAGCAGAGUGUAUUUCCUCAUGUGAACCCUUCAGUCCUGUUAAGUGUCUAAGCGCUGAAUGUAGAUUCAUCCUUUUGUAAACAUUAAAGUGGCUUAAAGCAUCAAACAGUGUGACGCUGUAUUUACAGCUCUAAAGGGCAGUUCACCUGUUAACCUGAAAUUUUAUACUCUAACAAAACUCACCAUCGUCCUCGAACACGUCGUGGCAUUUCAUUGGAGUACUGUCAGCCUGCUGUUUGCCGUCUUUUGAGUCCAGGUUCCUCCUCGUGAAGCUUCUUACUUUCUGUUGUCUCAUUAGAUCUGUAAAGACGGCGGGACUCACUGGAAAUAAAAGGAGCGCUCUGAUUCGCUGAAGCAGAAUGUGUUCCUGUGAGCGCUGCCUCUCUUAGUGUGACAGUUUUCUACAGAGGCAGCGUUCCUCCACCUCAUUUUUUUCAUUUUUUCCAAAAGGGCCGUUUGUAAUAAGGAUAUAUCAUGUGUAUAUAUCUUCACUUCUCCCCUCAGCUCUUUGAAAAAUAAAUCUGUAUGUAAUCAAAAUGUCAA